UACUUUAAACAAAUUUUAUAACAUAUGUAAAUUAUACAGCCUUGAGUAUUGUUAUGAACUUAAUUCAAUGGGAAAUAUUCGAUUUAACAUGAAUUUCGGUGAAAGCCCUUCAACUUAAUCAGCUUGGCAAUUUUAAGAGACACCUGGAAGAAAUACAACCAACGAUUCUAACUGCUAAGAAUUUUGUGUCCAAAUUCAAAUUGUCUCAAAUUCUGUUGUAAUAUGUAAGACUUGUUUGUCUUGCCUGGUAGCCUUCUCCAUUGGACUGCAACACUUGUUGGGACACACGCUAAAACUCUUCUUCAUGUUGGAGGUGAAUCCAUGGGACUUUACCAGCCUGUUGCACGUCUGGCACAUUAGGAUGAUCAGGAUGGAGACGAUCUUGACAAAAACAUCCCAGACUGUGCUGCGUCUUACACUCAGUAUUCCGCAAUUGAUUUGUGCCUUAAAAUAGUCCAUAAUGUGGAUUCGACGUCGUUGAAAGCCCUUUGCAUUUCACGAUGUAGCUCAGUUUAAAAUUUUUAAUUUAAAAUUAAAUUAAAUUAAAUAAAAAAAAUAUUUAUUAAGCCUAUAAGUCAUAUCAAUUUUCUUAUCAAAAACUAAAUAAAUAUUUCGCCACCUUGACUUUUUACAUCCUGCCAUGGCGCGCUUUCCAACACUGUUUUGUGCGUGACUUUCGUGAGUUUGAUUGUAUUUGUGUGGAUAUUAUAAUUUGGGUUUGUUUUCGUUUUGCAAACCGAUAUCCAGGGAAUUAUCCUAAACCUCCAUAAUGCAUGUGGAAAAAAAAUCGGAGCUGCGCAGCCUCCUCAAAUCAGGGGAUAAGAGGUGCAAACUUGUUGAGCCCCGUAAUACGAAAAGUUGCGUUUGGAGGUUUUUUAAUCUCGUCCAGUGCGACGACCAUAUUGAGCCGUACGCCUGCUGCAAAACCUGUGGCGAUCUAUUGUCCUACAGCGGUAAAACCGGAACCGGAUCACUACUGCGCCACCGAUGUCUCCACUCCAGCAGCAGUAACGAAAAAACUGUGAGGAUUACCAAGGCCAAGACACUAAGGGAACCGCUGCGCGUGGCCAAACCGAAGAUCGAGUCAAACGUUGCCAGUUAUCUUGGCGAGGCUGGUGCAUUGCCACAAAAGUGGGAGGAGUACGAGCAAAACGAUGAGAUCAGUGAGGAUAUCAAGGACAUUAUUUAUAGCGAGGAUCCCCUGUGCUACAGCCCUAUACACGUGAUGGAAGACGAAGCCCUAGAGCAGGGGGAGAAGCAAGUCACCGUUCUGAGCCACUCGAGUGCCACCGGCGGUGGGAGCAGCAGACCUAGUGCAGCUGCCCAGGGCCAGGCCACUGUGGUGGCUUCCACGUCUGGCAGCAAUGCGGCCAAGCAGCUGAAGAACAACCUGGAAACGUCCAUCGACAGACUGACCACCGUCAGCGAGCAGCUUAGCUAUAUUAUCCAACAAAAUCACGAGGAGCAGACCAAGGAUGAUGAUUACUACUUUGCCCUUAGUUUGGUGCCAAUGAUGAGACACCUGUCGCUCAGUCGUAAGAUGUACGUGCGUGCCAAGAUCCAGGAGAUACUGUUCAAGGAGAGCGAGGACGGAGCGCCCACAAAAGAUGAGUAGGAGCAACUCUAUUACAUAUACCCAGAGGAUUAAGGAAACGAGGAGAGGAACAGAAAAAUAGGGCAUCUCUGCAUGUCGUUAUCUAGGUUAAAAAUAUAUACAUAUGUUAUGUAUUCAUUUAAUUUAUGCUCUUCUAUCAAGUGCAAAUAUUUCGAUGUUUCAAUUUAUUUUCCACAUUUUACAUUUACUCAAAACGCAAAUAAACCUGUACGACGUAGUAAGAACAAGAA